UUUAUAUUUGAAAGAGAUGAGCAAAGGGAGACAAGCUUCUAACGAAGAUUGGGUGGAAUAUGAUAAACUCCAGAAAUCAAUGUAUUUGCAGAACAAACACUUGGAGUCAGGAACUAAAUCUCAUCGGUUCGAUCCGCACAAAUAUUUCGGAGGUUGGACUCGUCUUGAAAGAGCCACAAUUGACAGCAUAAAAAUUAAGGUAAAAGCCUGUAAAUUGAUGGAAUUCGAUGAUAGUGAUAGUCCCAAGAUACUAGAGAGCCAUCUUGAGAUUGAAGGCAAAGAGUCUUCAGCAAACCCAAGCAUCGCUGAGGAGGAUUCGCCUGAUCCUGUAAUACCUAAGUUAAAAAUCAAGAAUACGAAAUCUAUUAAUAACAAGUUGUACUUGAACAAGCCCUAUAAUCGACAAGCUAUGACCGGGUUUCGGAAUGGUUGUCGGACAAAAUUGAAAGAUGCACGAAUGGAUAUGAAACUUUCUAUGCAGGUAGACCAAAAAGGGAAGAACAAAUAAAAUCCACUCAAUUUCAUUCAAAGGAGAGAAGAACAUUAAUAGGUCAAAGGACUUUGAUCCGAAAAAGCCAUUAAGAAAGUUCAAUUACCUUUCGCAGAUAAAAUCAUCUAACUCAUCAUUUAAAAGCUCUACGUUCAUGGAGAGUAACAUCAGCUCAACGAUUUGGGAAGUUGGAGUGAACAAAAAUUUAUUAGCUAUGAAAUAAUCAGUCGUUCGAGCAUGUCCGCUUCUCGCCAAUACAGAAAACCAAGCAAAAUAGUUCAAGCAAGCAGAAGAACAUUUACACCGAUACAUUAUUGGUGAAUGAGAAGCUGAAAAGACUCCAGAAGCCGAACUCAGUGCUGGAAAAUAAGGAAUACUUCGUGAAGAACACAAAGUUUCAUAAGCCUAGAAAGUCAACUAAGAUGAUUUUGUACGCUGAGAAGUUAAAGAAGAAACAGAAAAGUCAUGAUUACAAGGACCUGAGUGGGUCUAAAGACAGGAAUAAUAUCACCGCUCAGUCUCCUCAUAGUCGAGCUACCACUGCUGCUACUUCUAAACAAGCUGCCUUACUUUAUGGGGAACGAAUGUUUAUGAGCAAGUACAGUAAUAAGCCAAAGUUUUUGAAAACACUCAAUUCUACUCUUUCCCCACGAAAAUAGGCCACAAGCCAGUUUGGAUGAAUCUAG